CGGUGCGCGGCUGUGAGGCGGUUGCGACGAGCCGGCGAUGGCGCUGCCUGUCGACGACGACGACGUCCCUUUAAUCCUGACAGACGACAACACGGGGCUGUGCGCCGACACCAACAGAGACGAUAUCCCCAACCAAAAUGGAGGAGGAUAUGAUAUUAUCACUGCUGAAGUGGUGGUGACACCGGACGUUCGAGACUACAGACCAAGCUAUGGUUCUCUGAAACAGGUCUGGGAGAUGAAUUAUCAGGAAGCAGCAAUCUACCUGCAGGAGGGAGAAAAUAAUGACAAGUUUUUCACUCAUCCAAAAGAUCAAAAAGCCCUUGCAGCCUACCUCUUUGUGCACAAUCACAUCUUCUAUGUCAUGGAGCUGAUUUCCGGAUUGCUGCUGUUGAUACUCUCGCUGUGCGAGGCUCCAGCUGUUCCCUCACUCAGACUCGACAUUUAUGUGCAUGCCACACUGGAACUGCUUGCACUUCUCACAGUGGUGUUUGAACUUGGUAUGAAGAUGAGAUGGUUAGGUUUUCGGACCUUUAUUAGGCAUAAAAGAACUAUGCUGAAAAGUUCAGUUUUGUUUGUACAGUUUAUAGAAGUCAUUGUGGUAUUAAUCAGACAGACCUCGCACGUCCGGGUGACUCGCGCUUUGCGACCAAUCUUUCUGGUAGACUGCAGAUAUUGUGGUGCAGUGAGAAGAAACUUGCGCCAGAUCUUCCAAUCUCUUCCUCCCUUUAUUGACAUUUUAUCGCUACUACUUUUCUUCAUGGUUAUUUUUGCUAUUUUAGGUUUUUAUUUGUUUUCCGCCAAUCCAUUGGAUCCAUAUUUUAGCACUCCAGAAGACAGUCUUGUCAGUUUGUUUGUUCUGCUAACUACGGCUAAUUUUCCAGAUGUGAUGAUGCCAGCUUAUUCCAAAAACUCGUGGUCCUGUGUGUUCUUUAUUGUGUACUUAUCCAUCGAACUCUACUUCAUCAUGAAUCUGCUUCUUGCUGUGGUGUUUGACACAUUUAAUGACGUUGAAAAGAGGAAGUUUAAAUCACUCCUUUUGCACAAACGAUUAGCAAUAGAGCACGCCUUCCACCUUCUGGUCAGCAAGCGGAGGCAUAAUGGCAUUUCCUUCAAACAGUUUGAGGGUUUAAUGAGAUUCUAUUACCCAAGAAUGAGUGCUCGAGAUAAAUAUCUCACCUUCAAAGCACUGAAGAAAAGCAAUACAGAGUUACUUGGAAUAGAAGAUUUUUACAACUUCUAUGAAGUUACCGGAUUAAAAUGGAAAGCAAAAAGAAGUGGAGACUAUUGGUUUUAUGACCUCCCACAUACUCCAUUUCUCAUUUUUAAAGGCAUUAAUAUCCUUGUGAAGUCCAAAGCAUUCCGAUAUGCCAUGUAUGUUGUAAUUGCUGUAAACGGAAUUUGGAUACUGGCAGACACACUCAUGAUUAAAGAUGGUGCCUUUUUCCUUAGGAUUGUGCCCUGGAGUUACAUUGUAUUUCUCACAAUUUAUGGUGUUGAAAUGUUGCUGAAAAUUACUGGACUGGGACCAUCUGAGUAUUUCACAUCUGGAUGGAAUCUGUUUGAUUUCCUGGUUACCAUAUUUGCAUUUGUUGGAAUAGUGGUCUUGGCAUUUGAUAUGGAGCCAUUCUAUUUCAUUGUUAUAUUGAGGCCACUUCAGUUGCUCAGAUUAUUUAAGAUUAAGCGAAGAUACAGAGAUGUUCUGGACACAAUGUUUGAAUUACUUCCCAGAAUGGCCAGUUUAGGGUUAACACUCAUGAUAUUUUACUACUCGUUUGCAAUAGUGGGAAUGGAGUUUUUUGGUGAUGUUCUCUACCCUAACUGCUGCAAUAACAGCAUGGUAGCAGAUUCAUACCGUUGGAUAAAUCGGACUAUUGGUGACAGAACAGUGAUACAGGGGUAUUAUUCCCUCAAUAACUUCAAUAACAUCCUGAACAGUUUUGUUACUUUGUUUGAGCUGACUGUUGUAAACAAUUGGUAUAUAAUCAUGGAAGGCGUGGUAUCUCAGACAUCUCACUGGAGUCGUAUUUACUUUAUGACUUUCUAUAUUGUAACAAUGGUUGUGCUUACUAUUAUCGUUGCCUUUAUUUUGGAUGCCUUUCUAUUUCGUAUGAACUACAGUAGAAAAAAUAAAGAUGAGGAAGAUGAGAAUGGAAUUGUUUUCGAGACUGAGGUGGACAAAGCGGAAAUUGACAGACUUCUUGAAUACAACAAACAAAAUGGUUCUUCAUCCUCUGCGAUCUCUGGACUUGUUAAAUUGUCAUCCAGAAUGGCAAACAAUGAUCAACUUAAAAUGGUUUUUAUUGGCAGAAGAUUAAGAACAAAGAGUGACCUGAGUAUUAAAAUGUAUGAAGAGGAGAUUCAGGAAUGGUACGAAGAGCAUGCCCGAAUAAACCAAAUGCAGCAGGACCAACCACUGGAAUGUAUUUUGAACUCCAACACGCACCUGCCAUCUGCAGAAUUGCGACAGCGGUCCCAGACUGUAACUUAGAAAUAUAACCAACUUGUCCACUAUGCAAUCAUUAUUCAGUAUUAUUUUGUAUCUGGUGUUUUGCACGUAUGCACUUGGGGAUGUUCUGCCAGUUCGAAGACCUACUGUGAUGGUAGAAUGCUGAAUUCUGGAAGGGGCCAGACUGAUGGGAGGAAAGAGUCCACGUUACUCAGAAAUUAUGAUCUGAUGAUCUGUGGUAAGCUAUAUGUGUCAAAAAAAUAUAUAUUGUUAUGUUUAUUUAAGUUCCAUUGAUAUUUAGCUUUUAGCAGUUUUAUUUCAUACCUGAAUUAAUAACGUGCUCUGUGGGUAGCUGAUCACAAUAUUUUAAUAUAAAAAAACCUCCAUAACCAGUGUUUUUUAUUGCGUCAGUUCUCAUUGUCAGUCUAUAAGAUGUACUAUACCUAAAGGAAUCAUUCUGUUUUGACUCAGAAUAUGUAAUUCUCAGGGUCACCUAUUUGUAAGCCAUAGUAUUAUAUACAGGGAGCUACAGUGCCCUCCAUAAUGUUUGGACAAAGACCUAUCAUUUGCCUCUAUACUCCACAAUUUAAGAAUUGUAAUAGAAAUAAAUCAC